CCGCCAUAUUUGUUGUCGCAGAUUCGCCAGAAACCUUCCUCAAAACAAAUAAAAAUACGAUUUUCAAUUACUUAUUCAAUAAGUAAUGUAGAUAUAAAUAAAUGUACAUGUAACUCUUAGGGUAUUACGUUUUAUUUUACAAACAUGGCGACGUCAACUGCAGGUGGGACUUCCUCCAUCUUCAUGUGUAAACUGUGCAACCUGUUCUCUCCACACCGAGCACAGCUCCUCUCCCAUGUGUCUGAGAAGCACCACACAGAGGGGCUCAACCCUGAUGACAUCAUUGUGGUCCUCAUGCCAUUGACAGCUCCACUGGAGAAUGGUGGAGGUGAGCACCUCCUCAAAGCAACCAGGGAUACUAAUGGUGGAGAUAGCCCUGUUAAGAGAAAACGAGGACGUCCUAAGGGCUCAACCAAGAAGAUUGUAGCUGAUGGGCCCAUGACAGAGACUACUAGCCCCAACCAGAAAAAGCAGAAACAACAGACAAUAGAAGCCCAAUCAGAAGCUGGGCCAGUGGAUGAGGAAGAACCAGAGGACAACAAUGCCCUGGACUGCAAGAAGUGCAACCGUGUGUUCGGCAACAGGCGACAGAUCAUGAAACACAUCUGCUUGAUAGACCUCAGAGAGGAUGAGGAUCAGGAGGACAACGACAAAGAGUUUGAGGCUCAACCUGGCGCAGCAGAAGGCAAAGAGGAGGACAGGGAGAGAAGCUCAAAGAGGAUACGGCCACUCCGCUCUGAGAGGGUUUCUCUUGUGAAGGACCAGGAACCAGCAGGAGGCUCCAAGAACCCCAUCAUCAGUGUGGUUCUGACCGCUCAUGAGGCACUUCCUGGUGCGACCAGGAUAGUGCCGAUCGAGGCCACCCCGGCAGAGCCGGUUGCUCCAGCAGACACAGACCCUCAGGAGGCAGGACACAAGAGAGGGUUUCAGGAAUAUUCCAUACAACAAGCUGCUUAUGAAGUGCCAUUAAAGUCCAACAGAAUAGGACAGACCCAGUUGAAGAUCUUCACCUGCGAAUACUGCAACAAGGUCUUCAAGUUCCGCCACUCGUUGCAGGCCCAUCUGCGAACCCACACCAACGAGAAACCCUUCAAGUGUCCACACUGUGACUACGCCAGUGCCAUCAAAGCCAACCUCAGCGUUCACUUGCGCAAGCACACGGGAGAGAAGUUCAGCUGUGAACACUGCUCCUUCCAGUGCCUCAGCAAGGGCCACCUCAAGGUGCACGUGGAGAGAGUUCACCACAAGAUCAAGCAGCACUGUCUCUUCUGCAAAAAGAAGUACUCCGAUGUGAAGAACCUGCUGAAACACAUGAGGGAGAGCCACGACCUAGAGGACAAGAAGGUGAAGGACUCGUACCAUGAGUAUAGUCUACAGACCAGGGAAGGCAAGAGGCAGCUCCUCUACGAUUGCCAGAUCUGCGACCGCAAGUUCAAGAACGAGCUGGACCGUGACCGCCACAUGAUGGUUCACGGUAGCGAGAGGCCGUUCGGCUGCGAGCUGUGUGACCACGGCUGCACCAAGUUUCAGGCUCUCCAGGCUCACGUCCGUAAGCAUCCCUUCCUCUACGUGUGUGCCACCUGCCAGCAGAAGUUUGUCAGCUCCGUGCGGCUGAAGGCACACCUGAAGGAGGCUCACCCAGAGUCAGAGGAGGCGGUUGGGUUCUCAGAGUCCAUCAACAGCAGCUUCUGUCUGCUGGAGCCGGGGGACGACAUCAAGAGAGAGAUGCUGAGACAGGAUGAGAUCAGGAUGGCUGAGGAGCUAUCUCUACUCAACGCCCAGCAGGAGGAGGAGGAGGCCUUCACUGGUGACCCCUCAGAGGAACAGGAGGAGGCCCUCGCUGGUGACCCCUCAGAGGAACAGGAGGAGGCCCUCGCUGGUGACCCCUCAGAGGAACAGGAGGAGGCCCUCGCUGGUGACCCUUCAGAGGAACAGGAGGAGGCCCUCGCUGGUGACCCUUCAGAGGAAAAGGAGGAGGCCCUCGCUGGUGACCCUUCAGAGGAAAAGGAGGAGGAGGAGGCCCUCGCUGGUGACCCUUCAGAGGAAAAGGAGGAGGAGGAGGCCCUCGCUGGUGACCCCUCAGAGGAAAAGGAGGAGGAGGAGGCCCUCGCUGGUGACCCCUCGGAGGAAAAGGAGGAGGCCCUCGCUGGUGACCCUUCAGAGGAACAGGAGGAGGCCCUCGCUGGUGACCCUUCAGAGGAACAGGAGGAGGAGGAGGCCCUCGCUGGUGACCCCUCAGAGGAGCAGGGGGGGGGAGAGGAACAGGAGGAAGGACUGGGAGAGGGAGAGGAACAGGUAGUCCCUGAUCCAGGGCCUGAGGAGACAUGCGUGUUAAAUCAACCUGCACAAGAGGCUGAGACUCUACAAGACAGAACUGAGCCAAUCAGUCCUGAACAAACCCAGACAGCAAGAAAAGGCACGACCCAGGAAGUAAUCAGUGAAGAGAGAACUGAUAAGACACUGAUGGAGAAAGACAAGCCUCACGGGGAGAAUGAGGUCAUUGUGGCUGAACAAGACACUUUGGUAGAAAGGCCUUCAGGCAAGGAGGAGUCAGUGGUGGGCCACCAGCAGCAUCCAGAAGAAGACAAAGGUUCUUCAUCAACAUCACAAGGUCAUGUUGAGGAGACUCUCCGGUCUUUGGUUCUGAUUCAGGGGGAGGUCAUAGGUCAAACAAACGCUUCAGCUGGCCCACAAGGAGAAGAUGGCACAACGGAGGAGAGGAGCGCUUUCCAACAGAUUCUAGAUAAGUUGCAGAAAAGGCAGCUGAACAUGGUUGUCUUUGACAGAAUCCGAAAAGUAUACUGGGACCUGGAAUGUGAAUACUGUGGAAAGCUCUUCUGGUACCAAGUGCACUACAACAUGCAUGUGCGUACUCACACAAAAGAGCAUCUACAUUACUGUACCCAGUGCAGCUAUUCGUCCAUCACCAAGAACUGUCUGAAGCGACACCUGAUCCAGAGACACAGUAACAUCCUGCUGCAGUGCCCCAUGGAACACUGUCAGUACUGCACACCUGACAAGUACAAGCUGCAGGCACACCUCAAAACACACUUUGACAAUGAGAAGAAAAGCUUUGCUUGCCCUGUGUGUGAGGAAACGUUCACUGAAGAUAAACUUAAGCAUCAUAUCAAGAGCUUUCAUCCAGAUACGCCGAUGGACACCAUCUCCGAGGCGCUUGGGGUGCGGGUGCAGAUGAAGGGCUUGAUCGGGAAGAGAGCGUCUAAGUGUCCUUACUGUGACAGCUACUUCAUGAGGAACGGAGCUGAUCUGCAGCAGCACAUCUGGGCUCACCAAGGAGUGAAGCCCUUCAAGUGUUCCCUGUGUGACUACGCCAGCCGCAGUAAGAGCAACCUGAAGGCCCACAUGAGCAGACACACCACGGAGAAGACACACCUGUGUGACAUGUGUGGCAAGAAGUUCAAGUCCAAGGUCACUCUGAAGAGCCACAAGCUGAUGCACACAGAGGACGGUAAACAAUUCCAAUGUACAGAGUGUGAUUACAGCGCUGCACAGAAACCUCUACUGGUACGACACAUGGAGCAGCACGCCUCUUUCAAGCCCUACCGCUGCGGUCACUGUCACUACUCCUGUAACAUAGCAGGACCCCUGAAGAGACAUUACAGAAAGAAGCACCCCAACCAGGAGUACUGUAACGCAGGGCCUGGGCCAGCCACCUCUGAGGCUGUGGAGCAGCAAGGUGAGUCGCUCAGCAGAGACACACCGAUCUCUGUGUCUCAUACUGUACCAACCAGGAGUACUGUAACGCAGGGCCUGGGCCAGCCACCUCUGAUGCUGUGGAGCAGCAAGGUGAGUCGCUCAGCAGAGACACACUGAUCUCUGUGUCUCAUACUGUACCAACCAGGAGUACUGUAACGCAGGGCCUGGGCCAGUCACCUCUGAGGCUGUGGAGCAGCAAGGUGAGUCGCUCAGCAGA